CUUCGCCGCCGGAGCCGACCAUGAUCCCCGAUUCCGACUUCUUUUUCUCUUCUGUGAUUUCUUCUUCCGCAAGAAGUCUUUAACAUUAGCACGACAAACUGCUCCAUUGAGCCAUCUCCGGCCGACCAAGGAACCUUCACGCAGAGAACGCAGGGGGGGAGAGGAGAUGGAUUUCGAGCUGAGGAGGGCGAGGGAGAAGCUGGAGAGGGAGCAGAGGGAGAGGAAGGAGAGGGCCAAGGCUAGAUUGGAGAGGGAGAGGAAGGCCAAGGAUGAGACCCGGAAGCUCAGGGAGGCCCUCGAGGUUGUGCAGAGAUCUCGCCGGAUCGACGCCAUGGAAGCUCAGCAGAAGGCCGAGCAGAUGAUGCAGGAGAGUUUACUUGCCGGUAAAGGCAUCGUGUUUUAUCGUCUUUUGGAAGCUGUGCCUUACCACGGUGCUGGAGAUAAGAUCAAACUGCCGCCUUCUACCUUCACUGAAUUGUCUGAUCAAGGCGCUUUUGACAAGGGACCGAUCUACUUUCGUCUGUCAGUGGUACAGCAGGAAGGUCCCUCUGAUAUGAAUGUUGAUGGUAAAGAGGAUGCAAGAACUACUCAUUCGGGCGUACUAGAGUUUAUGGCAGAUGAAGGUUCCGUUGGUCUUCCUCCUCACGUGUGGAAUAAUUUAUUCGGAGCGGAUUCUCAUGCUGCUUCAGCAAAUCGUUUGGUUGAGGUUCAUUAUGUUUCGCUCCCGAAAGGAACUUACGCGAAACUUCAACCGAUGGGAGUUGGCUUUUCGGACUUGCCCAACCACAAGGCUAUUCUUGAAACUAGCCUACGCCAGCAUGCCACACUGUCUCAAGGUGAUAUUUUCACUGUGAGUUAUGGAGAACUCACGUACAAGUUACAGGUCCUUGACUUAAAACCUUCUUCAACUGUGUCUGUUCUGGAAACUGAUAUAGAGGUUGAUAUAGUCAGUCCCGGUAACGGCUCGGAGGGGACAAAUCAGCCUGUACUCAGCCCCCUCAAGUUUGGAGCAUCAGAGUCUGGAGUUAUUGAGGAAGGUCACUAUGCAUAUUACAAAUUUUCUAUUGAUAAUGAUGUCUGGGAGAAAAUUGCUUCUGAGGAUGCUAGAGUGGAGGUGAAGGUAGAACCUGAGACCAGUGAUGGAGAUACUGAUCUUUACUUGUCUAAGCAUCCCCUUAUCUUCCCAACCAGACAUCAACAUGGAUGGUCAUCACAUGAUGUUGGUUUGAAAGCUUUGAUUCUCAGCUCUAAGGAUAAGAAUCUCACAGCAGGCACUUACAGUAUUGGAGUGUAUGGGUUCAAAGGGACUACUAGAUUUCGGAUAUCGGUGGCUGUGGAAGAUAAUAUCAAGAGGACAGUGGGCCAACAAGCUGCAUCCUCUUCGUCAUCCAUAGAGAUAGAGAUGGACACUGUUGAGUGUAGAAACUGCAAACGGUACAUACCAAGUAGGACUAUUGCAUUGCAUGAAGCCUACUGUAGCAGGCAUAAUAUCGUCUGUCAGCAUGCUGGUUGUGGGAUUGUCCUCAGGAUUGAGGAGGCUAAAGACCAUGUGCAUUGUGAAAAAUGCGGGCAAGCCUUCCAUCGAGGAGAGAUGGAGAAGCACAUGAAAGUAUUCCAUGAGCCACUCAGCUGUCCCUGUGGAGUUGUCCUAGAGAAGGAACAGAUGGUAGGGCAUCAAGCCUCAGUCUGUCCCCUGAGGCUGAUCACGUGCCGCUUCUGUGGGGACAUGGUUCAGGCUGGGAACUCUGCAAUGGAUAUUCGUGACAAACUAAGAGGGCUGUCCGAGCACGAGAGCAUCUGCGGGUCGAGAACUGCCCCUUGCGACUCGUGCGGGCGUUCUGUCAUGCUGAAGGACAUGGACAUCCACCAAAUUGCCGUCCACCAAAAGAACUGAGAGCUUGACUGGCAAGUCGAGUACUAUCGAGCUGCAAAUUGCAGAUAUCGAUUUGCAAAAAGUCCAAUUGUACUGUGUCUUAUAUGGUCCCGGCAGCUCUGUAUCUAUAAAUGGCCUGCCCUUUGCGUCUUAUGCUGAUUCUUGAGAUGGUUCGUGGGAUUUGUAUAUUCUUGUGUUGUAGUUGAUGAUUAUGGUAAUGUUUGGUAUCCUUUGGUAUCUUUUGAUUUAAAUUACUUUUAUC